GUAGAGCCAUUGUUGCGUGUUGCAGGUAUAGUUUAACUGUUACAAUUCAACCACAUAUGGGCAAACAGGUGUCACGUGAGAAUAUGACACUAUUUAAAAUGACGUCGAUCGUCUACGUCCUGUAAGACCGAGCUACGUGCAGUCGCAGCUAGCAACUACAACAGGUUCGACCCAACAGCAAUUUCUUCUAUCCGUCCAUUUCUCGCCAAAUUUGUCUGCGGCACUCUGUAAUAGCCAAUGAACAAUUUCAGAAAAUCAAGCGAGUGAAUCUGUGUGAACAAGUGUUUGAUUCACUAUGUCACUGCUAUGCUGGAAGCGCUUGGACGUCAGGAAGUGUACCAUCGUGUUGGGUACACUCAUGUUCGGAUUUGCAGUUAUCACAAUCAUUAAAACAUACCCCCAUUUACAAACAACCGGAAUUACCAUCCAGCGAGAAACGGGCAACUGUUGUUCGUCGUCGUACUGGGACGCUCUGCUGGACUCGAAAUCCUUGACAGGAAAUCAACUACUGCAAUACGUUAAAUGGACCAACCGCUCGUCUUGCCAGUUAAUUCACGAUUUCGGAGGGAUCAUAAUCCAAAAUUGGCCUCCAGUCGGAAUCGAUGGGCAGAAGGCCAUUUGCAUCGAUGCUCGAGUGGCUCCCGAUAAGAAAAAUUGCCUCGUCUAUUCCUUUGGCAUCAACAACGAGUGGUCAUUCGACGAGCAAAUGGAAAAAUACGGAUGUCAAGUGUUUGCCUUCGAUCCUUCAAUGAUGAGGGGCCAUCACGAUCACAGUCCAGCUAUUCACUUUUACAACUGGGGAUUGAGCGAUCGGGAUGAGGUGACAGUUGACAAAAAAUGGACCCUUCGUUCACUAUCGUCCAUUUACAAAAAUUUGACAGCCCGUCACGGUGAAAAGGUAAUCGAUUAUUUGAAAAUUGAUGUCGAAUUCGCCGAAUGGGUUGCGCUGCCACAGAUGAUCAAGUCCGGCAUGUUGUCCAAAGUUCGUCAAUUGGGUCUCGAGAUUCACCUGAAUGAAUCAGAAACGAUCGACAAAAAUCGUGAGUAUGUCAAAAUACUGAGAACAAUUGAGAAAAUGGGAUUCGUCCGAUUCGAUUCCAAAUACAACCCUUGGUCCAUGACACAUUUUACUCAAUUGGGGUUAUUUUCUGUACCUUUUGCUUACGAGAUUGCAUGGUAUAACGAUAACCUUUAAUCUGGCUCUUAAAUCUGAAAGGACAAAAAUACACAAAUGCAGAUUGCUUUUAAAAUUUCGUACUCUAAAAAAUCUGAGCUGACGACGUGAAAGUUACAAGCUUAUACACUAAUAUUGCUAUGAGUCAUAUAAUACGUGAGAAGUAAAUGGAUUAACGACACGAACGGCCUGGCACGUUUAUCAGGAGUCCUGCUAAUAACCUGCUGUAUUGUUAAUUAUUUUUCAGUGAAACAUAAUACCCAAAUGGUUGCAUCUAAUGAUCCCAUGAAAUGGGAUGCCCUCAGGUACCGAUACAAAUAAUAUUUAUCUAACAUUUUGAACUUUUACUUGUUUUGGUCAUUGCAUUUAAAUAAUUAAGUCAGGUCAUUCGACACCAGUUUCAAAAGCGAGCCUGAAAGAGGUUCGGAUGGCAAUGCACUUGUUUCGAAAAUUGCUAAUGACGUGUGAAAUUACUAUUUACAGGAGAGGAAAUAAUUAACAUGUUUAUCUUACCAGAAAAUGAGUGAACAGAAUCCAGAAACGAGGUCCAAAACUCCAAAUUUACUUUUGAUUUCUUCAUGUGAUCAUGUGGUCGUCAUGCCUGCAAAAAAACAAACAAUGAAUAAAUUCCAAGCAGACGAACUCUCACUGUGGAUUUCAUUAUCAACCUAUCGCACAAAUCGGCAAAAUUCGCAAAUGACAACAAAUUGACCAAAAUCCCCCAAAAAGUGGAUUUUCCGAGUUAUAAAAUUUUGGCUAAGAAUUAAGCAACAGCAUCCAAGGUUAAAUUUCGCCUUCAACAGUAUUACAAUUCGCCCCAAAAAAUUUUU